GGCGCGACAGAUGGUGUGCGCAUCACAGGCCCUGCGCGACGUGCGCAACCUGCGACCUCAAGCUGACCCCCAGGGGUCGCGCUCUUUCUUGCCUGAGCUCCUUUUUUCUUGUUUUCUAUCUUCAAUCAGUCUAUUUCAGUUUCUUUAUUCCUUUCAUCUUGAUCGCAUAGCUAUUGCGAUCCAUUUGUCUCUUACGAUCUCAGUUCAGCUUCCAAACGCUUUAGUUGUAUCAACCUACCAGCCAGUCCUCGCUGACGUCACCAUGCCUUCUGACGAACCCGAGAAAGGAGACAAAGUCUCAUGGAAUUGGGGAGGCGGCGCGCCCGGCGGCACCGUCGCCGAGAAGAAAACCGAAGGGGAAGUCUCCAUCACUUCUAAGAAGGGAAACAAAGUCAAGAAAAACGCCGAACCGGACAACCCUGCCGUCAGGAUCGAGCGAUCAGGAAACGACGUCGUCAAGAAAGCCUCUGAGCUAAACGUUGAAGAGAAAGCCAACGGCUCCGGGGACAAGAGAAAACGCGACGAAGCCGAGGAAAACGGAGACAAGAAUGAUGAUGAGUCUGAGAAGAAAAACGACGGUUUGAAGGAGAAUGCCGAGGGCAAGACUGUCCGGUCCGCCGGCAAGACCGACAAGGCCAAGCCUGCUGCUAAGAAGCAGAAGAAAGACGAGCCAGCCGUGACCGAGAAGAAGAAACCUGGUCGACCCAAGACAUCGGAAGGCGCGCCCGCGAAGGCGAAGAAACAGCCAACGCCUCGUUCCACCGAGGGCAUUGGCUCGAGGACAAGGAGUCAAAGAACAUGAUUUCGGAUGAGCUGCACAUAGGAGGUCAUGUCACAUCGUAGUCCAAGGGCCGAACAAGGCAGUAAUGCUACAGCGUCCGCCGGAUUUCCCGUGCCAGCAUGCUCUGCUAUCUCUCGAUUUGACGCCUCGAAGCACUCCAUUUCUCAUCUCUCUACCUCACGACAGCGCCUGCCCGAUCUCCAUUCGCGCACCCUCUACUCCCUCGCACUUUCACAUAUACACGCGCACUACCACUCUCUCGAUCUCGUCUUCUUGACUCUUCUGUCGACCGCCCAUACGUUGACCUCCUUUGCGCCGCUGUCCUGCUCCCACCAGAACCACCCGCUCUGCACGGCGUCCACCAGCUCCGCGAUUCCGUGUUCGCCGUAAUGGUAAUACACGACCGCCUCGUCUUCAAUGCGCUCCAAUAGCCCCCUGUCAUCGCGCCUUGCGCCACACCAGGGCCAGCCUGAUAGGCCUAACACGCCGUCUAAGCCGGCCCGUCGUGUCUCCUGAGCAAAGGCGUCGAGGAAAUUCAGUACGUCGACUGAGCUGGGUCCUCCGGGGUUUACCUCGCGAGGUUGGCUGGAUUCCUGCCGCACUUCGAAUUCGUACGCCAUGUAGGCCACUCCACCCUCUUUGGCGGCUUCUGUGAUCAGGAGCUUGCGGCGCAAGUUCUGUGAAAAGGGAUCAGGGCCCUCAUCUGCGUCGUACGGGUCGGUGUCGCAUACUAUGGCUGCAUCCGCGUAUCUGGUGAGCUUCUCGGACGAUGAGAGGUCAAAUGGACGGUAUAGAAGCGUAAAGCCCCACAAUUGCUGGCAUUUGUGGCGCUGGAGGAGUGGACGAGCAACAUUCUGGAUGAAAGAAGGUCCGAAGAGGGAGAUGAACGUUUCAUGGGCCCUUUGGACGGUCAAUACAGGCCUUGCAGGGAAGGAAAAAGGAGGUACUUACGUUCGGAGGUCUUUGAGAGCCAUGUACGUCAUGUGGGAGUAUGUAGCGGCCGUCAUCUUGACUGUGAUGACUGGAGAGAAUUGUGUUCUUUCAGGGCAGCGGGUUUCAACGGGCGAGAUGGUUUGAAAAUGGAUCGCUUGUUCUCUGUUUCACGCAGGGUACAAACGAGGAGAGAAAAUGAAGUGCCAUCUCCUCCAUGGCGAUGGCUCGGCAAGGUCCUCACCAGAAGGUUAGGCAGUGAUAGUGGAGACAAAGAGAACCUUCUGCUUAGGUACACGUGUACCAUGGUUCUGGGACGCUCCUUGCGGAACCAAGGUUCGCGUUGU